GUCAUGGACUCCCGGCUCCCCGCCCUGCGAGCUCUGUAUAUAAGCCCAGCUCCGAGGAAUCAAGGCCACAGGUCUUCAUUUCCCCGAGGCCUGGCGCCUCCCUCCCCAACCUUGCCCGGCUUCGCCUCGGCAGCUCCAAAUCUCCACUCGUUCUUCCUCUUGGCGUUGGGAGAGACGCGGAGCAAUGAGUUGAAAAUCGUCUCUGGAUUCUUGCAUGCUGUACACAGUAAUCUCCUCAUCCUGUCCUUCAUUUUCCCACACUAGUACCCUCGGAGACUUCUGUUUGCCGGAGGGUAGCCUCAUCUUUCCGCCGCAUGGGUCCUGUGGCAGGAGCCCCACUGAUGCUCUCUGCCCAGGAGCUUCCCGAAAGGUGUUCCUCUGUCCCCGCCUCACCUCAUCUCCAGACAUCUCUUGCCAUCAUUUCAUCCACCCUUGUAUAAAACCCGCGCCCCCCGCCCCACCCGGCGCCGCACCCCCUCCCUCGGCUGCUCCCGGCAGGCGGGGAGCUGAACGGCCAGGGGCGCGCAGGAGGCGCGCAGAGCUCUCGGGCUGCCCUCGCUCGCCGCGCCUGGGGAAUUGGGCUGUGGGCGAGGCGGCCAGGGCUGGCCUUUAUCGCUCGCCCUGUUGGUGGUUUGAAACUUUAUCAGCGAGUCUCGCCACUCGCCGCAGACGCGAGCGGGGGGCGGGGGCGCGGCGAGGCGCCGGCAGCCGUGACGAGGCGCUCCCGGCGCUGAGCGCUUCUGCUCGGGGCACGCAUGGCGCCCGCACACGGAGUCUGACCUGAUGCGGACGCAAGGGGGUUAAU